GGUGGGUAAGAGAUCGCCUUCCUCCGGCUCUUCUAGCGUCUCCCUCUUGCUCUUGGCAUGCUUUCCCGGACCUGGUGGCCACCAUCUAAUGAUGUCCAGCUAGGUGAGUGAGUCCUGUGUUCCCAGAUCCUCACCUUCCCUCCUUUCCUUUCUCCGGAUGAUGGAACCUGGUGGUGUUUUAUCUCUGCAGCCUUGAGAGACAGCUAGGCGGGUCUCUUUCUGAGCAGAAAUUCUGAAGUUCCCAAAGCAAAUAGCCUCAUUCCUUCCUGGCUGGAGAAUUUCAAAAACCUCAGCGUUGCUGUUGCACUUUUCUUUCCCCUUUAUGAAUGAGCCCCACCCUUUUUGUCUGUCUGUCUUAAAGGGCCUCCACUCUCUAACUGCUAUGUCUUCAGCAGCAGCUCUUCUGUCUCAAGCCAUCUGAAGGGGCCCAAAGGUUUUGUGGUCUGAGCUUGAUGGAUGCUGGGAUGUCAGGUUGUAAAGUGGAUAGUGGUGGCGGCGGCGGUGCUGCUGUUCUGCAGAGGUCCCAGGCCAGGGAAGGAGUGGCCCAGAGAGAAGAAGAGCAAGAAGAAGAUGGAGAUGAAGACCUCCGAGAUGGAGGGGUCCCUUUCUUUGUGAACCGUGGAGGGCUUCCCAUCAAUGAGGCUACCUGGGAAAGAAUGUGGAAACAUGUGGCCAAGAUCCAUCCUGAGGGAGAAUUAGUAGCUAUGAGGAUCCGGGGAGCCACUGAUCUACCCAAGAUCUCCAUACCAAGUGUGCCUACUCUACAGUCAACCACUCUCAUCCCUGAGCGCCUGGAAGCUAUACAGCGCUACAUCAGGGAACUUCAAUACAAUCACACUGGGACACAGUUCUUUGAGAUCAAGAAAAGCAGACCUUUGACUGGGCUGAUGGACCUGGCCAAAGAAAUGACAAAGGAGGCCCUGCCAAUCAAGUGUUUGGAGGCUGUGAUCCUAGGAAUUUACCUCACCAACCACAUGCCAACACUGGACCGCUUCCCCAUCAGUUUCAAAACUUACUUCUCAGGGAACUACUUCCACCAUAUUGUGCUGGGAGUGAACAUUGGGGGCCGCUAUGGGGCGCUUGGCAUAAGUCGACGUGAGGAUCUCAUGUACAAAGCUCCCACCUUCCGCACACUGAGUGAGCUUAUUUUUGACUAUGAAGAGGCCUAUCGGUGCUGCUGGCACACCCUCAAAAAGGUGAAGCUUGGCCAUUGUGUGUCCCAUGACCCACACAGUGUGGAGCAGAUCGAAUGGAAGCAUUCUGUCUUGGAUGUGGAGAAGCUGAGCCGCGAGGACUUCCGCAAGGAGCUUGAGAGGCAUUCCCGUGACAUGAGGCUAAAGAUCAGCAAAGCUACUGGACCACCAUCACCCACCAAGGAUAGGAAAAAGGAUGUAUCAUCCCCACAACGUAACCAAUCCAGUCCACAUCGUCGCAAUAGCCGGACAGAAAGGCGACCAUCUGGAGACAAGAAACCUACAGAACCCAAAGCCAUGCCCGAUCUUAAUGGUUACCAAAUCAGAGUAUAAAAAUCUUCUCAUUUGUGGACCACUUGGUGGAAAGCAUUUGAACCAAUACUACCUAUAAGAUGUGCAGUAUGGGAGGGGAUGCAGAGGGUACAAAGUGCUUAUUUUCAAAGGUAUUGAUUUACUCGGAGGUGAUAUCCUGUGUAUUAGAGGAUAGCAAUUUCUUUGCAUUAUAUCAGGAACUAAAUACAACCAACCAAACAAACAAAAUUUAAAAAGAUCUUCCACCAGUUAUUCAUUGUUCUAUAUAGUGGCAAGGGAAGAUACAUUUUGCAAAGUAACAGUAAAAAGCCCUUGCUGUUUCUCAGCCCACGCAGAAGUAGAAUGCUUUUGACUUCAAAAAGCCCCAUAGUAAACUAUAUGUCUCCUCUCUGCUUUUGAAGGAACCAAGUUAGCAGGAGAUCUCAGGAGAUAGACAGGGGCUAGAAGCAAAAUAAUAAUAAUAAUACUGACUCCUAUGGAAGAAUUUCUUAAUUUGUAUUUUCUGAGAAUUUUAAUAUUUUUAAUAACUUGGGGAGUGGGGAAAGCGUACCGAAUUGUUGCAUAUGCUCUAAAAUCAUCAGUGUGAUCCUAGUGUUUUCUUUUCAAACGAUGGACUGUCUAGGAUGAAAAUGCACAUAUUGUGCAACUCCCACUGCAGACUGGCUAGCUGGAUCCCCAAGAUACACUUUUUGUAAAUAGAAGAUAGUUUAGGAACUGCCUGUGUUUUGGGGGCAUGGACGUCAGAUGUACGCUGUAGCUUAAUUGGCUUGUGGCGGUACCCGAUUGUGAAUGCAUUCUAGAGAUUAAUUGGAGACCAGGUUUCCAUUUUCCUCACUUUCUGGUGCUAUUCUAGAUUUGACUGUUGUUAGAGUAAUAGAAGCUUUUGGGUGGCAGCAGAGCAGCCCCAACCUGAUACUCUCCAUAUGGGUGGAAUUGCAGUCUUGCCAUCUGGAGGGUGUCUCGUUGAGAGAAAGCUGCUGGCUAAGCACAUCUCCAGUUUCUUGGAAAACAGUGUCUUACUCAUUUAUAGUAACAUGACCCUUGCUCUUUCUCCCUGACAAGAUGUGAAUUCAUUCCUGCUGUAUGAAAUUGUAUACUGAGGGUUCCUAGAAUGUGUUGCGUAGUAGCUGUGUAUUUAGAUAUUAACACAGGGAUCAGAACCUGGGAUAUGCCUCUUUCUGUAUUCUCUUUUCUGAUUCUUUCUCCCCUACCCCUUCUUGACUUGUGCAAAGUGGGUAGAAACACAGAGGUUUUUCUGUGGAACCAGUAUUUUAUUGCCUUUUCUCAACGCUUUAUUUUUUAGGGUGAAUUUGCAUUACUUUAGUAAUGCAUCUUUUACUCUUGGAUGUUUAAUUAAGUAAAUAGGAUUGCUAAUAUUGGCAGAAGCCAAACUUAGUUAUGAACCUGCUCCAUAGUUCAGUCCCUUUGACACUGACCUGGCAAAGUGGAAAUAAGUUGGUAGGCUUUAGAGCAGAGGUCUUCAAACUUGGCAACUUUAAGACUUGUGGACUUCAACUCCCAGGAUUCUCCUCCCAGAAUCC